AUGGAGAAGAAAGAAGGACAGAGGAGACACGACCGAGUCACUCACUCCGCUGUUUUCCUCAUUCUCUACUUUCCAAACGAACCCAAAGUUGCUAAAAAUGCACUAAAAAAGGCAUGGUGUCUUGUUGUGUGGAGACAAGUGUGGAUGGCUGUUCUGUAA